CGCAGCCGCGUCCAUGACCGCGACCCCCGGGCCGGGGACUCCCGCCGCCGCCGCCGCCGGCCCUCGGCCCUGUCGCCGCUCGCCGCCCGCGCCCACUGAGAAAGACAGGACCGACGCCAAUGUGAGAAUGGCUGUGACCGUGGAAGAAGCUCCGUGGUUGGGCUGGACCGUAGCGAAAGCCCUGAUGAGAUUUGCCUUCAUGGUCGCCAACAACCUGGUUGCUAUCCCAUCCUACAUCUGCUAUGUAAUUGUACUGCAGCCCCUCCGAGUGCUGGACAGUAAGCGCUUCUGGUAUAUCGAGGGACUCAUGUACAAAUGGCUUUUAGGAAUGGUGGCUUCUUGGGGAUGGUAUGCAGGAUACACAGUGAUGGAAUGGGGGGAAGAUAUUAAAGCAAUCUCUAAUGAUGAAGCAGUGAUGUUGGUGAACCACCAGGCAACUGGAGAUGUGUGUACAUUGAUGAUGUGCCUACAGGACAAAGGACCGGUUGUUGCUCAGAUGAUGUGGCUGAUGGAUCAUAUUUUCAAGUACACAAACUUUGGAAUUGUUUCUCUGAUUCAUGGGGACUUCUUUAUAAGACAGGGAAGAUCCUAUCGUGACCAACAGUUACUGGUUCUCAAGAAGCACCUAGAACAUAAUUAUAGGAGCAGAGAUCGAAAAUGGAUUGUUUUGUUUCCUGAAGGGGGCUUUCUCAGGAAGAGGAGAGAAACAAGCCAGGCAUUUGCCAAGAAAAAUAACUUGCCAUUUCUUACACAUGUCACUUUGCCAAGGUUUGGGGCAACAAACAUUAUACUGAAUGCACUUGUAGCGCGGCAGGAAAAUGGAAGCCCAGCAGGAGGAGACGCUAGAGGGUUAGAAUGCAAAUCAAGAGGCCUCCAAUGGAUAAUAGAUACAACCAUAGCUUAUCCCAAAGCUGAACCAAUAGAUAUUCAGACCUGGAUCCUUGGAUACAGGAAACCAACAGUCACUCAUGUUCAUUACAGGAUUUUUCCAAUUAAAGAUGUGCCCUUGGAGACUGAUGACCUCACCAGUUGGCUCUAUCAACGGUUUAUUGAAAAGGAGGACCUCUUGUCACAUUUUUACAAAACAGGGGCCUUUCCUCCUCUCCAGGGCCAGAAGGAAGCUGUUUCCAGGGAGAUGACCCUCAGCAACAUGUGGAUAUUCCUCAUUCAGUCCUUCGCGUUUUUGUCAGGCUACCUGUGGUACCACAUCAUUCAGUAUUUUUACCAUUGCCUAUUUUAGGAACUGACUUGGACUUACCACAUAGGAGUUCAGACUUCAUACAUGUGCAUUAUUUUACAUGUGCAAAUCUAAAUAUAUAAAUCAAAAUAUAUAAAAAGCAAAGGAAAUUCAAAUGGAUGGAUUAAUGUUUAUCCCCCUUUGGGAUAUUUUAAAACUCUACUACAAUGAGGAUCAGUAAUACAAUGAUGUGCUAAUAUA